AUGACCAAAGAUGUCGUCGAACUUGGUCGUUUAAAGUGCAAGAUCCGCAAGACUUUGCGUGCACAUCUAGCCAAGGUUGCCAAUGUCAGAUGGGCCUCCGACAACCAACUUCUUGUUUCAGCAGGUCAGGACGGGAAGUUGGUCGUUUGGGAUACCUACACCGCAAACAAAGUCCGUAUGAUCUCCCUCAAAACCGCUUGGGUCCUUGGCUGUGCCAUGGCACCGAGCACCCACUUUGUUGUCAGUGGUGGCCUCGACAACCUUAUCACUGUAUUCAGCCUGAAAACGCCCGAAGGUUCUCCGGCUACUAUGGUGCGUGAACUAGCUGGUCACAAUGGAUAUAUCUCAAGUCUGGAUUAUAUCGAUGAAAAUCACUUACUGAGCGCAUCCGGUGACAAAACCAUUGGAUUGUGGGAUAUGGAAACCAUGAAACUCGUUGCCACAUACCAAGGACAUACCAAUGACGUAAAUGCUGUCCGUCACUGCAAAGUUGACAAAAACAUUGCUGUUUCUGUUUCCUCUGACUUUACCUGUAGAAUAUGGGAUUUACGACUUCGAAAAUGUAGUCAGCUGUUUGAGGGUCAUGAGCAAGAUGUAAAUGGUGUGGAUUUCUUCCCUAGCGGUCAUGCCUUCGCCACGUCGUCAGAUGACUUAUCGUGUCGACUUUGGGACAUACGGGCAGACCAAGCUGUUGCCGCUUAUGUUGAUGAUUUCAUCCAGUGUGGGAGCACUUGUGUUGGUUUCUCUCACUCAGGGAGAUUACUAAUAGCCGGCUACGAUGACUUCAACUGCCACAUCUGGGAUGUUUUGAGGGAGGAACGUGUGGGCGUCUUGUCGGCACAUGAUGCUCGUGUCUCCUCCCUUUCCAUCAACGAUUCGGGCAAUGCCAUCGCGACCGGUUCCUGGGAUUCCCUUUGUUACGUGUGGACUGCAAAAUAG